CAGUUUGUUGACAGCAGGUGUGCUUGGUUGCUAAACAACGCACAGAGAGCGAAGAGGAAGUUUAUGUAAUCUUAGCAUUUCUCUUGAUUAUUUUAACCAUUAGCCUCCUAGUAUCUAACCUUGGAAUAGCGUCUGUCAAUUUAAUUUGGAAAAUGAGUCGAUACAAGUACAGAGUGGGUCUCCGUCGAGAAAGUGGAUUAGCUAACAAACGCGAUACACCGUUGAAGCCAACUCGAAGCAGAAGACACAAGUGCAGAAGAUUUCGGCCCAACAAGUAUUAUGAAGCUAUUACAGAAGAACCUGAGCUGGAGGAAACCAAUGACCCCACUGUAAAACCAACCCACCCAGUAAUGACAAGAUCUAAGCCUGUCCACAGCAAAUCUGUGAGCAGCACUGUAUUUACUGAAAACCCCAGAGACAAAGCCACCUCGCAUGCACUACCAGCUAAAAAGAAAUCUGGCUCUCGACAAUCAACAUCAGAUCACCCCUGCAUUUGGAUGACUCCUGAGCCAGAGUUAUUUGAAGGGGAUGAAAAAUCAGUUAAAGAAAAAGAGCAAAUCUUGACGGUGACUCUAGAAAGCAUCACAUCCUCUAGCAUUGAGCCGGACACAACUUUUAGCUCUGAAGACGAUGAUGAGGAAGACUGUUACCCUCUAUCUUCAACUUCCAGCAGCCUUUCCUCCCCAGAGAUCUUCAGAAGAGAGAGCUAUGUGGAAAGCUUGAUGUUCCCUAUAAAGGAGGCGCUGCCGAAUCUCAGUCUUAAUAUGAAAAACUCUACCUUGCUGGAUGUGAGCCACGCCGAGAACAUCUGCAUGUUUCAGCCCCCCAACCUUUCCAAUAUCACGAAUGACUCUCCAAUUAUUGAUGAAAAGAAAUGUGAGAUCAACAAAAACGGAGGACCUGAAGCUGGCACCAAAAUACAUAUCGACUCAUUUAAAUCAGAGAAGGAGCAGAAAACCCCACCAAAACCCACAAACAGAAAACCCAUUUUGUACAAGAGAGUAAUUUUCAAAAUCCCCAUCAUUGCUGAGACCUUUAAAGAAAGACACACCCCAGCCACUAAAUUAACCAACCACAACAACAGAAAGCCGGCCCACAUGUCCAGCCCAGCUGAGCAGAUGCAAUCUAAUGCCAAGUUCUUUGACUUUGCUGAUGACUGUGAAAGGGAUGUGUUCUUUGAGAUGAUGAGAGAAAGGGCUUGCAAACUAAAAAGUGCUCCGUUAUUUCCUCUCACAGCUCGUAAAUACACAGAGGCUGUAAAAAGUAGUUUGGUAAAAGCCAAGGUCUUUUACUUUGCUGAUGACAGUGGAAGAGAUGUGUUCUGAGUUUGACAGACCUUUCUCAUUAUCUCAAAGAAGUUCCUUUGAAUUGCUUCUCAAUCUGGCACUUAUUUUUAUUACAUAGCCUACUGUAAGCACUGUGGCACAUGUACAUCUGGUUAGGGAAAUAGCUUUUUGUGUACUAUUGUAAGCCAGCUUUCCGUUUAUAUUUUGCAUAGAUGUUAUCAAAGUGUCUGGUGCAAAAUUACCACUAGAUGUCAGCAUUGUAUCUUCUUAAAAUACAUGUUUCUCUUCUCCUAAAGGAGAUUUUUUUCAGUUAAAUGUAAAAUAUAUAUGUUGGUAUGUGUCAAUGUCGUAAAUUCCCUAAUCUAAUUAAAUUAAAAUUAAAAGUUAAAAUGUGCGUUUAUUUUAUGGUUUCUAUAUUUGUGAGUCACCUGUUUUUCUGCAAAUGUACAUUCUUCUGAGGGUAAAUGUUAAAUAAAUGUAUUCAUGUAAAAUAUAAAUAAAUAAAUAAUUGUUGCUGGAUAA